AAAAUAAUCAUCUCACAGUCUUCAAUCCCUCCCUCCCAAUCCCAACAGGAGUUUGCUCUUCUUCUUCCUCAGUAUUCUUGUUCAAUUUCAUCUGUAAUUUUGGUUUCUGAAGACAGAUCGAGAGGGAGAAUGUGGGGAUUUGGGGGUCGAUUCUAUUGGGGGAAGAGAACGGAAGAAGAUAGAAGAAGAGGACCAAACAAAGGAAUAGUUGUGCUGUUCCCAUGGAUAUCAAGUCAAGAUAAGCAAUUGAGGAACUAUGUUGAUUUAUACUCCUCUCUCGGUUGGGAUUCCCUUAUAUGCCAUUCGCAAUUUCUUAAUCUAUUCUUCCCAGAUAAGGCAACAAUGUUGGCGUUGGACGUUCUAAACGAGCUUCUUAAGGAGCUAAAAAGAAGACCAUGCCCGGUUGUCUUUGCGUCUUUUUCCGGUGGCUCCAAAGCUUGCAUGUACAAAGCUUUGCAGAUAAUCGACUCAAAGUGUGAAUCUCAUAGAAAUCUGGAUGAAUAUCGACUCGUUAGAGACUCUCUUUCUGGACACAUAUUUGAUUCCACUCCUGUGGAUUUCACAAGUGAUUUGGGAACCCAAUUCAUGCUUCACCCAACUGUUCUUAAACUAUCCCGUCCUCCCACAAUAGCAACAUGGAUCGGAAAUGGCAUCUCAUCGUGCCUUGAUGCUUUGUUUCUUAACAAAUUUGAGUUGCAACGUGCCGAAUAUUGGCAGACUUUGUACUCAACUGUAGCUAUCGGAGCACCGUAUCUAAUACUUUGCUCAGAAAACGACGAUCUUGCUCCCUACCAAAUCAUCUGCAACUUCGCUCAACGUUUAGAAAGCCUUGGUGGCACCGUUAAGUUGGUGAAAUGGAGUAGCUCCCCUCACGUAGGUCAUUUUCAAUAUCAUUCAGAUGAGUACAAGGCUGCUGUGACUGAUCUCCUAACAACGGCUGUAUCCGUUUACUCAUCGAGAACCCAACAACUUACUGCCGCCCAUGAUGAGACCACGGAGCCACUACGUCACCUAAGGGAAGCGGUUUCCACCUCGAACCAGUACCAGAGCUUCCACAGGGUCACUCUUGAUUUAAACGACCACUUUGUGGUGCCUGGCUCAGUCGAGUACCACGAAGGUCGAGACGUGGGGUCCGUUCACGAUGCACCUAAAGAACGUUUCAUCCCACGAUCAACCCCACCAAAGAUCAACGCUCAUGGGAUUCUUGGUCAAAUCCUGUUUGAUGUUUGUGUCCCGAAGACCGUUGAAGAUUGGGAUUUAAGGUCAGCAUCAUCUUCCUUUGCCACUUUUGCUUCGGGCCGGAGACACUCGAACUUCAAUCCUAUAAAGUGCAUCCGAAGAUCGAGACUGUAAUUGUUUUUGUAUCCUCCGGAGUUUUCGUGAUGCUUAACGAGGUGGUUUAAAUAAAUGAGGUUUUUUAACAUGAAAUGUACAUACAUAUAUCCACAGUUUGUAGACUAUUUACAAUAAGGAAGUUUUGAUGACUA